AUGAAAAAAUCAACUCAUAUUGGAUUUAAAUUAAAAUCACCUCUUUUUGACCUCCCUUACUUUUCUCUACCUUAUUCGUUUCCCCCAGACGUUAUGCAUGCCCAGGCAAUUAAUAUUUUAAAGCUUUUACUGUCAAUUAUUUUAGAUCCAUCUUGUGAAGGAAACCAAAAAAACAAAACAGGAGAAAAGAUUGAAAUAAGAGAGUUUCUUUUUAAUGAAGAACAGAUGAAUGCUUAUUUUGAGUUUCUUGGUUUGCUGGAUGAGCACACACCACAGGCUUUCAGAGACAACAUCUUUAAACCAGAAAAAAAAACUGCUACUCUAACAUAUUGGCUUAAAUCUGCUGCUCAGGGUGAAGCUCUAUUGAAGUCACUGUACUUACUUCCAGAGUUUAUUCCCAGCUUAACAGAAAAACAAGAGCAUUUACUAUAUCUUUAUUCCCAAAUGGCUGCUUUAAUGAUGAUAAACAACUCUAGCUAUAUCAAUGAGGAUCUUAACUUGGAUCUUGUUCAAGAAUCUUGGGAAAUUGUUAUCCAAAAUUUUGAGCUACUAGUGACUUUGGGAUAUAAUAAAAAUGGAUUUAUUGGUACACUGCCAUUGCAUACCAUGCUUCAUACUCCUGGCUACUUGAAAAAAGUUGGUUCACUUAAAACCUUUAGCUCUUAUGCUACCGAGCGAAUGGUCAAAUCAAUUAAGGAAUCACAGCAAAAUAGUAGAUAUCCGAUAAUAACACUCUGCAAUUACCAACUAAAGUUCUACGUCAUAAACCUGAUUUUUAUAGGCCAAGCAACACCAGAAAUAUUACAGCCUGCUAUGAAAUUAUCAAGCCAAAACGGUGAGUGUACAACUGAUGAGGAACUAGAAUUACUUGAGCUUCUAAAAAAAAGCUUAGUUAAGAAUUAUCCGAAAUAUAGGAACAAUAAGAACACAGCUUCAUCUAAAAGCCCUACAAGCUACGGUAUGAAUCUUCUAUUUGAAAAAAACACGGGGAAAUUUGUGGAUAAUACAUUAAAUUCGGACAUGUACUAUUAUCAGCGGUAUAGUAAAAUUCAUUGGAACACAUCAAAAUAUACAGCAAUUGCAAGCAACUCUAAGUUACGCAACACCAAAGAACUGAACACAUUCGUCCGAGUUAUUCAAUCAAAAAAUUCAUCUGGUGCUAAAAGUCCAAGUUAUUAUGCAAAUCUCCUUGACUGUUUCUCUGUUGGCAAAGGAACAGGAGAGGCUUGGGACAGGUUUGCAAUCAUUGAAAAAAUUCCGGAUGAGUCUUUAAGAAGCAUCGAUUUGCAUGACGAUUUCAAGCAUAUCUGUUUUAGUAAUGAAAUAAAACUCGGGUUCUACUGGGAAAAUGAGUAUAAGCAUGGUGAAAGAAUUGUGGUGCCCUUAAAUCGCAUCGCCAAUCCAGUUUUUAUAAUACCGCAGUACAAUUUUCUGUUGAGCAUGCAAUGUUGUCGCAGACUAGUGCAGUUGAUAAUGCACGUUAUGGGCCGCACUUCGGCUUAUAUUAAUCUUACUUCCUCUGAAAAACUCACUCCUCUCAACUAUCAUGUCUGGGCUACUAAGAUCCUUUUGGGUCUUCGUGCUAUGAAUAAUGGUGUCCACCUUUAUGUCGAAGCUGGUACUGUCAAUCCAGCUGCUAAUGAAUCCCUCGAAGACCUCACCGCCUCGCUUGAUACCGUCGUCCAUGAUGUCAUCCUCAACAACAUUUCUCCUGAGUUGAUCGAACAUGUUAAUGAUGUGGCCAUUAGAGGCCGUGACCUCUGGCUUUAUCUUCAUCAGGAGUAUAGUCAACUUCAACCCGCCGAUGUCAUCUCACUUAUGAAAUCCCUCUAUGCUGGCAAUAUUGAUGUUGGUCCAAAGUUUGUUUCUUCUGUUCGUUCUUAUGUUGCUACAUGGCGUUCCAUCUACCAAUCAUUGUCGCCUGAUUCGGUUGUGGCCUUCAACGCUUUGGCCUCAAUGGGUCCCAAUUGUGAGCGCUUCAUCCAGUACGCCUUGGAGCACCGCUUUGAUAGUAACAACAAUACUGACAACCUUGAUAUCAACAACUUCAUCCGGAACACUGAUAAAUGGGCCAAGUUGUUGAAGAUUACUGGACCUCCAGCUACUCUUUCGACUGAAGCGUUCGUUGCUUCAUCAAAGAAGUACAAUAACAAAUCUAAGGGUGAUGGUAUUAAAUGUUUCCGUUGUAAGAGGCGUGGUCAUACUUCCAACAAUUGUCAUGUCUCUUGGGAAGAGGUUCAGGCUGCUCGCCAAGAUAAUAAGGAUGACAAGGAAUCUAAGGAGGCUAAAACCUCAAGAGGUUGGUUUGCUGAGACUAUUGAUGAAUUUUCUGAGAUAGUUGAUGAUGAUCCAUUUGUGAGUUCCGCUUUUGUGUCCGAGACAUCUGUUGUUUCUGAAAAGUUUGGUAACAGUUGCUCCGAGUCGUUUGAUGAUUUGGAAUCCGAACUUUUUGAUUCUUCUGAGCCGUGUGUCGGCGAUGAAGAUUGUUUUGUUGGUCAAGUUUCUGAGUAUUGUUCAAACUCAGGACUUGAUAUUGAUUCAGUUGGUUCCACUGAUGAUUCUUGUUUUAAUUCUGAACCGUAUGUCGGUUCUACUGUUGUUUGUUUGGAGUCUGAACCGUGUGUCAGUUCAGCUCCUAUUUGUUUUUUUGAUUCUGAAUCGUUGGUCGAUUCGGAUAUUGUUCCUUUUGAUUCUGAACCGUUGGUCGGUUCUUCUUUUAUUUCUUGUUCUGAUUCUAAACCGUUGGUCGGUUCUGAUGAUGAUAUUGUCUUACCUUCUUUUGAUUUUUUGGUGGAUUCAAUUACUGAACCUUCUCCACCUAAUGUUAAACCUAUUGUUACACCAAAAUCCCGUUUUUCUCCAUUCUUUUACUUAUCUUUUGUUACCAUCAUGUUGUUUUCCUUGAUUUUAAUUGUCGUCUGGCAUCCUUCUUCAAUCUUGGAUUUAAGUCAUUCAGUCCAUCACGUUUUUGUUGCUGAAUCUACUACUUCUGCUGAGGCCAACUUAGUUGUUGGGUCUGAUUCUUUUGACUUUAUCCAUGAUACUGGUGCUACCAGUCACAUUUGCAAUAACAUCUCAUAUUUUUCUUCUCUUCGUCCCACUUCGGCUACCAUUCGUGGUCUUGGUUCUGCUACUGCUGAGGGGUUGGCGACAUUGUCGUUGAUCUUCUUGAUUCCUCGCAAUUUAUUUGCUGCUCGUCGAGCUACUGCUGGUGGUUGUCGGUUCAUUCAAGACCUUAACCAUAUUUCUGCUGUUGAAAAUGGCAAAACUCGAGUCCACGCCAUUGCCAUGGGUGACUUGUACUUUUGUCGUUUCCGAGUUGUUUUGCCUUCCAAGCCUGUCCAUGAGGUGUUUGCUGUUGAGUCGUCUGCCAAUCUUUGGCACAAGCGACUUGGUCACGCCAGUGUGGACGUUCUCAAGAAAUUAUCUAAGUCACUUUCUGUCAAGCCUACUCAUUUUGAGGUUGUGGAUAGUCAUAAGUGUGACGCUUGUUUGGGUGGCAAAGCCACAGCAUUGCCAUUUAAUGGUACCACAGAAAAAGCUAGUCGUCCUUUGGAGUUAUUUGUUUCUGAUUUAAGCGGUCCUCAUGUCGCUACCCCUGUGGGUCAUCGUUAUGUCUUAACCAUUAUGGAUUAUUAUUCCAGGUACUCUUAUGUGGAGUUGUUGGUUAGGAAAAGUGAUGCAAGUCUUGCCAUUCGUAACUUUAUUGCUAGGUGUGAAUCUUAUUUUUCUGGUGAUUCUGCUGGUGAUCGAGUUGCAUAUUUUCAUUCUGAUAAUGGCGGCGAAUACAUUUCCAAAGACCUGGAGCAGUUCUUUGUGUCUAAGGGUAUCAAGCAUACUUAUACAGUUCCUCAUACUCCUCAGCAAAAUGGUGUUGCUGAGCGAUUGAAUCGCACAUUAUUUGAAAAAGCCAAGUCUAUGCUUUUAUAUGCUCAUGCUCCUGAGUAUUUAUGGGGUGAAGCUGUCAAGUCUGCUAAUUAUAUUAGGAACCGUCUUCCUAGUCGUACCACUGGUGGUGUUGCACCUCUUCAACUUUGGACGGGUAAACCUCCUAGUUAUCACCAUAUGAAAGUAUUUGGUUGUCAAGCUACAGUUGUUCUUCCUGGUGCUAAAAGAGAAUCUAAGUUAACUUAUCGAGUUCUUCUUGAUUCAAGCAUUGUUGAAGCCAGGAGUGUUUACUUUGAUGAGUCCAAGUUUCCAUUUAUGAAAAGUGAUAAGGACUUGUCUAUUAAUGGUACUGGUGUUGGGUUUAGUGUUGGGUCUAGUAUUGGUUCUGGUUCAGGGUCCAUGUCAGGACCUUGUUUUGAUUCUAAGGGGACUGGUUUAGGAUCUAAUGUUAGGGUUAAUUCUAUUGCUAGUUCUGAUUCAAGUUCUGGUUCUAGUUUUGGGUCUCAUAGAUCUUUACCAGCAUCCUCAUCUGGUUCUGGUUCUGGUUCUAUUUGUGCUUUACCGUCUCCGUCUUCUUCUCCGUCUCAUUCUCCGUCGCUUUCUUCUUCUUCUUCUUCUAUUAUCGUUCAUAAGCCUCGUUCUGUUCGUCGCAUUUUGUCUACACCUUCUGCUCCUCUUGAGUCUCCUACUCUUCCUUCUAUUCCUUCUGUUCCAUCUCUUCCUAGUUCUCCUAUUCUUCCACCUUCAGAUCAUGAUGUCUCUAUCUCUCCUGACUCAAGUCCUAUUGUUUCUCCUUCGGAAUAUAUUCCUUCACAAUUAGACUUAUCUGAAGCUGGUCCAUCUAUUAAUGAAUCUGAUAUUUCUGGUGAUUCUGGGAUCUCGCAACGAGGGGUGAUAUUGGGUUUCAACCGUCUAUCAUUGCUUCAAUCUCCUUCGCCUGAUCUUGUUAAUUCUCUUGACCAAGCUGGUGUUAGUGUUGUCACUAAGGAUGAUACUCAAGCUGUUUUGCCUAAAUCUCGAUCUCGUGUUGUUGCUGUUCGUUUACCUUCUAUAACUCCUGCCAAACGCCCGAGUUCUGAUGACAUUGUUUCACCUCCUUCUAAACACCUUUGUGAAAAUUCUUUGAAACAAUCUCCAGUGUCUGCAACACCUGCAAAACGUCCAGCUGAAGAAGAGUGUAUUUCUUAUCGUCAUCCUAGUAGUUUUGAAGAAGCUAUGUCUAGUGAAGAAGCUGAGUUUUGGCUUGAAGCCUGUGUUAUUGAAAUGUCGUCUCUUAAACGCAAUGGUACUUGGGAAUUGGUUGAUCUCCCACCUGGUCGCAAGGCUAUCAAUAGCAAAUGGGUGUUUAAAGUUAAGCGCAAAGCUGACGGUUCAAUUGAACGUUACAAAGCUCGUCUCGUGUGUAUUGGAUUUUCGCAAGUUGAAGGUAUUGAUUAUACUGAAACUUUUGCUCCCGUUGUUCGUUACGAGACUGUGAGGAUUGUUCUUGCUAUUGCUGCUCAGUUUGGGUUCCAGGUUCAUCAUAUGGAUGUCGAGACUGCAUUUCUUAAUGGUGAUCUCAAAGAAGAUAUUUAUAUGAGACAACCUAAAGGCUUUGUUGUCAAAGGUCAGGAAUCUAAAGUGUGUCAUUUGAAGAAGUCUUUAUAUGGUUUAAAGCAAGCUCCUUUGUGUUGGAAUGAGAAGAUUCAUGGUGCUCUUGUCAAACUUGGGUUUAUUCGUAAUGAAAGUGACUACGGUGUGUAUACCAAAGGAUCUGGGUCUACCAUGGUUAUUAUUGCACUGUAUGUUGAUGAUUUACUUAUUUCUGGCAAUUCUUCUGAGGUCAUUGCCAAAACCAAGUCUUCUUUGUCAUCUAUGUUUAAGAUGAAAGACUUGGGCCCAGUCGAGCAGUUCCUUGGCAUGAGAGUUAAGCAGUCACCGUACCAUAUUACUGUGGAUGUUUCACGUUAUAUUUUUGAUAUGUUGGAAGAGUUUGGUAUGCAGAACUGUUCAAGUGUCAAGACUCCUUUACCCACUCGUGAUCUUUCUGAUUUUUCCGAGUCUGACUCUGCUACCGAUGCCUCCAUGUAUCGCAGUAUUAUUGGUAAGCUGAUUUAUGCUGCUAAUUGUGCUCGUCCUGAUCUUGCUGUUGCUGUUAGCUUUCUUUGUCGAUAUAUGCAGAGUCCGAAGUCUAUUCAUAUGGAAGCUGCUAAGCAUACUCUUCGUUAUCUUAAGGGUACUGCUGAACUUGGUCUUGAAUAUCGAGCUCAGAAAGUCUACAAGCUUGUUGGCUAUAGUGAUGCCGAUUAUGCACAGGACAAACAGGACCGUAAGUCCUUUACUGGGUAUGUUUUCAUUCUGUCUGGUGGUCCCAUUACUUGGGCUUGUCGAAAGCAAGUUAGUCCUGCAUCGUCCAGCGUCGAGUCUGAGUAUAUGUCAUUGUCUGAUGCGUCUAAGGAAUGCUUCUGGAUUAAUCAGUUGUUGUCCCUUUGCAAGAUUCCUGUUCCGUUGCCAGUGACUAUGUUUGAGGACAAUCAGGGAUGUAUUGCAUUGGCUCAGAACCCAGUGUUUCAUCGUCGCACCAAGCAUAUUGAUGUUCGUUAUCAUGUUGUGCGUCACUAUAUUCGCAGUGGAGUGAUUCAUCUGGAGUAUCUUGAUACUCAAGUGAUGUUGGCAGAUAUGUUCACUAAGAAUCUUGGUCGUGUGAAGUUUGAGACAUUGAGGGGACUACUUGGUAUGAAGGCAGUAGGUGAUUCUGCGACAAGGGGAGGUGUUGAGCAUGCAAUGUUGUCGCAGACUAGUGCAGUUGAUAAUGCACGUGAGUUUGGGUGGGAAACUAUGGUUGACAAUCUAUGUUUAUUUUAG